CACAUUUUCGUCUUCGUCUCCAAUGAUUGCUCUCUCACUCUCAGUCUCACUCACAUCAUUACCAUUCUCCUUCGCGUUUUCAUCGACUCCGUGCAAAUCACGCGCCUCUCCUCCACGUAGCACCGUCUCGUUGAGUUCUUCCAGGAGACGACAAGAUCGCCGGCGAUCAAUUGAGGCUAUGUCUCAGGUGAUGGAAUUGGAAGAUGAAUCCGAUUUCGAGAAGCUUCUCUCAUCGGAUAAUCGGAUCUCGAUCACUGGAUUCGGUUCUCUUCUCUCCGAGAGAAGCGCGAGGAGUACAUUCCCAGAUUUGGAGAAUUUCAGAAUCGCGAAAUUGCAAGGAUUCAGAAGAGUUUUCGCUCAUUCUGCUCCGAUCUUCUUCGAGCGUGGCAUCGCGAAUCCUGAAACUAAGGAGAUCUCAAGCUUGAGUGUUGAGCCAUGUGAAGGAGAGAGCCUUGUGGUUACUGUCUUCGAGAUCAAAAGCUCAGAGAUUCCGGCUUUUAUUGGAAGGGAGCUUGAGUUCCGGUUUCUCGCUGUUGUUCCUGAAACAUUGGAAGGCAAACCUUACACCAAUUCUGCGGUACUUUGUGGUCGAUACAGUGAUGAGGAGUUUUUCCAGAUUAGAUGCAAAGGAAACAAAGGGAUUUACUUUCAACAUUAUGGAAGAUUCAAGAUCGAUAAGAUAUGGCGGGACGACAUCUUACCUUGUCGUCUCUAUCUAAGACACUGUGUGUUGGCUGCUAAGAAUCUGGGAGAUGAAGCUUACAAUAACUUUCUGGAUCAUACAUUCUUGGGAGAUCGAAAAACAACCAUCAGAGAGUAUUUAAGCAGCACAGGGUCUGGUAUCAUGGAAGAAGAACCACCGGAGGCUCUAAAGUCUAGAUAUGGAGGUUGAUCAAAAACCAACAAAAAAAGUUAAACUGAUUUUUAUCAAGCUUCAAACGUUAUAAAUAAAAACGAACUUAUAGGUUGUGUAAUGUUUAAUUUGUUAUCGAAGCUAGUUAUAAAAUUAAGAAAACAAAAAUCAACAAAUGUCCCACAUCGGGAGUUUUAGAGGAGGGUAGCGUUUCUUUGGCCUAUAUAAGAGAAUGAGUUUUGUCA